AUGGCUUGUGACACACCUAGCUCAAGACAGCGGACUCUGUCCACAUCUGGAGAAGCUCUCUAUGAAAUCCUUGGUCUACAAAAAGGAGCAUCCAAUGACGAAAUUAAGAAAACCUACAGAAAAUUGGCCCUGAGACAUCAUCCAGACAAGAACCCAGAUGACCCAACAGCAGCUGAAAAGUUUAAGGAAAUCAAUAAUGCCCACACAAUACUCACUGACAUGUCGAAGAGAAACAUAUAUGACAAGUAUGGGUCUCUGGGACUCUAUGUGGCCGAGCAAUUUGGAGAUGAAAACGUGAAUGCCUACUUCCUGCUGUCAAGUUGGUGGGCCAAGACCCUGUUUGUUAUCAUUGGUCUCCUGACGGGCUGCUAUUUCUGCUGCUGCCUGUGCUGUUGUUGCAACUGCUGCUGUGGACGGUGCCGCCCCAAGACGUCGAUGCCGCCAGAGGAUUUCUAUGUGUCUCCGGAGGACCUAGAGGAACAGAUCAGGACCGACAUGGAAAAAGAUGUGGACUUUCCCAUCGUUCUCCAGCCUACAAAUGCAAAUGAGAAGACACAGCUAAUCAGCGAAGAACCUCGAAGUUAUUGCACAGACUCUUGAUACUGAGACCCCUGAGGACCCACAGGACCCCCUCUUGGUUCAGCCAUGCUUCCAGGUGGUGAUGGGGAGACUGAGGCGCAUGAACGGCUGUGAGCGUUUCUCCAUUUGUAUUUUAUUGUUAGGUUAGGGAAAGCUGAUUGCUACCUGAUGUUCCCAGUAUGCAAACAUUCUGAGUAGAA